AUGACAACUCUGAUCUGUGGUUUUAGAAGGACUUCUUUAAAAAUCUCUUUGGGAAAAACAAUUCCGGAACCAAGGCUGUUUGUUUGUUUUAAACUUUUUUUUUUUUUUCACAGCUAUAAAAAUGUGGUGACACCAAAGCGUGCAGGCACUGCUGUGGUGGUGUGCUGGAUGGUGGCCAUCGUAGUCGGCCUGACGCCCAUGUUGGGAUGGAACAAUCUGGAGAAGCUACAACAGAUCAACGGCACUGUAGGAGUUGACCUUCUCAUAACCUGUGAGUUUGAGAAUGUCAUCAGUAUGGAGUACAUGGUCUAUUUCAACUUCUUCGGCUGGGUGCUGCCACCUCUCGUCCUCAUGUUGCUUAUCUACACUGAGAUCUUCUACAUAAUCCACAAGCAGCUAAACAAGAAGGUCACUGCCAACCAGACCAACCCCACUCGAUAUUACGGGAAAGAACUCAAGCUGGCAAAAUCUCUUGCACUGGUGCUCUUCUUGUUCGCUGUUAGCUGGUUACCAUUGCAUAUUCUGAAUUGCAUCACUCUCUUCUGUCCUAGUUGUGACAAUUCCAUGUGCCUUCUCUAUGUGGCUAUCUUGCUCAGUCAUGGUAACUCCGCUGUCAAUCCCAUUGUUUACGCAUUCCGCAUUACAAAAUUCCGGAAUGCCUUUAUUAAGAUCUGGAAACAGUAUGUAUGCUGCACAGAGGAUCCACGGGUGGAUGAUCGGCCCAGCUUCCGUAUAGAUAGCAAAGAGAGAAGACUGCGACACAAUGAUAUCUGAUGCUAUGGUCAACAGGUCUCCUCUAUUUAAAUCACUUUUUAAACAUGACAGUUGAUUGAUGAUGAGCUUUGAUGGGAAAUGCAUGGGAUGUAUGCUGUGAGUUGUGAGAAUACAUCUGCCACAAAAAUGACAAUCGGACAUUACUGAAAAUUGUUUCCUUUAAAGCCAAGUCACUGGUGCAUAGAAUUAACUGCACUAUUAGUGAGUAAUCAUUAAAUAGAUGAAAAUGGUCUGUUUUAGACAUAAUAGCCACACAGUAUAACUGACAUUGAAUUUUGUGGGAAUCUUUAUUUGAUUGUAAUUUCCUUAUGUGCUGGGGUUCAUUUUAAUGUGACUAUAACAUAAAGGGCUUUAUAUAAUAAGUGCAAACUAUUAUAUACUACUACAAUUUACUAUAUGUGAUGUUUCACUAAACAAAGUUCGGGAGGACCACGUUCAAAUAAUUAAUCCAAGUAACUUGUCAUCAACAAUCUUCAUGACUAUCCCAUUAGCAUGAGAGGAAGCAUAUAUAAAGACACUCAGUCGACUCACAUUCUCCGACAGUUUUUCAGCAUCACUCCACCACCCCGACACCUCACUCUCAGCUGUUCCAUCCGAGUACGGGGGGAGUUCUCUGGGUUCAGGCAAAUACUGAGCCCGAAGCCCUCUCCUCGGACAGCACGUGGCGCCUAAUAUGCAUACCAUUUAUUCUAUCUGAGUUAAAUUAUAAGUGUGAACUCAUGAAAUAAGUACAACAACACCUGAAGACCUUGAGGAAGGAUGAUGAAAAUGUGAUCUGAUGCCAUUUUAUAUGCCAGAGAAUACAUAUUUUGAAAAGAAUGAUCAUGUAUCAUUUAGAGUCAUUUAUCAUUUGCUGCUUUUCAAGGUGAGCGCAAGUUGUAGCCAGCUAAGCCCACUUUUUCUUAAAGGUAUAAUUUCUAAA